GUAUCAAGUCAAGAGAGCAAAGCUGCAGCCCAUAUUGGCUAUAAAGAGUGAGUGAGAGAGAGAGGGAGGGAUAUGCUUGUUCUGGAUCAGAUUUUGAUCUUCUUGUACUCUCUUCUUUGAAACUAUUGGUAAGACCUCUUGUUUGAAUCCGUUUUGACUUGACCUUGAGUUGUUGGUAGAGAAAGAAAACCCUAAAAUGAAUGCAGCGAAGGAGAAGGUGAGUAACAUGGCCAGUGCUGCUAAGGAGCACGUUAACAUUGCUCGUGCCAAGGCCGAAGAGAAGGCGGAGAAGGCAGCAGCGAGGACGUCAGAGGAGAAGGAGAUAGCCCAUGAAAGAAGGAAGGUGAAGGAAGCCCAAGCCAAGAUGGAGCUUCACCAAGACAAAGCUGAGCACAAAGCCGAGCGACUGGAUGCGAAGCAACACUCUCACCCCUACGGUCAGCAUCACCACCACCAUCAACACGGCCAAUACCCGACAGCCGGUGGGCAGUAUCCCAUGGGCGGUGCCACCAUUACAGGAGCGGCUCCGACGACCAGUACCACGGGUCCUACUUACCCCGUUGGAGGAUAUCCUCCUCCACAACAAAAUCUAAUACUGAGAUCCCCUCAUUCCUCUCUCCAAAGUCAUAUCCUCCAUGUACAACUUCAUAGCCUCAGCAAUCUCUCCCAACAUGUCCAUUCAAAUCAACCCUUAUAAUAGUCUUUUCUCCUUGAUUAAAAGCUUGCACAAAUCC